AUGCUAUCGAUUCUCAAAUUUUUGCUUUCUUUCAUUAUAAUCGGGGCUGUUUUGGCUCGUAUUGGGCAAGAUAAUACUCUAUUCUCAUCCAAAGUUAAAAUUCACGACGGAUCUAAUUCUGUGAAAACAAAUUCUUUAUUACCGGACCAGAAAUAUUCCACUGAAACUAACAUUGACACCAAAGAAAAUACCAAACUUGUCUUUUCUUCUGUAACUCCUUUAUCAUCUUUGCCGCGCCCAAAUAUACCAAUCUCAAACACUAAUAUGAAACAAAGAAAAACAUUGCCAUCGUUUACCAAAGAAGCAAAAGCACCACACGAACAAUUUUUCAGGUAUACCACACCGUAUAAAAGAAUAUUUUUGGACUUUGGUGAUUAUGGAAACUUUAUACCUUAUAUUCACAUCGACAAACUUGGAAAAAGAUUUAAGUUUGGUCCUGAUUUUGAGCAUAGAUUAUUUGGUCGCCGUCGUUUUUAUGAAGAACUUUAUGGUGACAUAUAG